AUGCCGCAGCCACAGACACAGGAAGUCUACCGCCAGGGUCUUGGUGGUAUGGACGCCUGGACCAAACACCAACACUUUAUCGAGAACUAUGUAAAGUUCUACAACAACGACAAACCAUCCUCAACCCAAGAGCCACGCCCUAUCACCGAACGAGAUAUCCUCCACGAGAACCAUCGGUUCCUGAGAUCAGAGUCGGACGACCAAGAUUUGACAUGGGAGAAACGGAUUGCCAAGAAGUACUAUGAUAAGCUGUUCAAGGAGUAUGCGUUGGUCGAGCUCAAGUAUUAUAAAGAAGGGCGGGUUGCGAUGCGGUGGCGGAAUGAGCAGGAGGUCGUUCGUGGAAAAGGUCAAUUCACAUGCGGCAACUUGAGGUGCAACGAAUCGCAAGGAUUGGAGAGCUGGGAAGUCAAUUUUGGAUACGUCGAGCAAGGAGAAAAGAAGAAUGCGCUGGUCAAGAUUCGACUAUGCGAGAAGUGUUCGUAUAGGCUAAAUUACAGGUCAACCCACAAGCGCGCCAACUCGAGUCGAGAAGAUGAGUCUGUUUCUUCUUCAGCAGCACCAGCAACGGCAACAGUAGCAGCACCAGCGGAGCCAUCGAAAAAGACGAGCCAGAGUUCAUCGAGAGAUAGGGCAGCUGGAGGUGAAGCGUCAGAGUCCUCCCAGCACCACAACAGCCGGUAUCACGAAUCUUCGACGCGUUCGGAACAGAGGAGCAAGACCCAUUCGAGAGAAUGGGAUCGCGACGACAUUAUAUCAGAGACUUCUCGUAGGGACCAUCAAGGAUCGUCCAAACGGAGGAAAUCAAGUAGCCGCCGAGAUGAAGACAAGGCAGACAGCAAGGAUCGAGUGACGCAAUCUGAGCGAUCACGUUCACCUUUGCAUCGAGACCACGACAAACAGGACAGCAGGGAGGGUCGGAGUCACGGUCGCAGCAAGAGUGCCGGCGAGAGGGAGCGAAGCAGACGAUCUGAUGUCGACGACAAAAAACGCGGAGAAAAUUACGACCGCGUGAAGGAGACCAUUGACUCGGACAAGGUGGUGGACCAUGGAUCGACUAUUGAUAAGGGUGGCGACAAGCGUGACAGCAGCAAGAGCGAGGACAACAGGACGAAGCCAUCGUCGAUUACUGAAUUCGACAGAUUCUUCAAGGGCCUGUUCGAAUAA